AUGGCCAGUUUAUUCAAAAGCAUACACGCUGUUCCAUAUACAACCGCUUCUGCGCUCGACCUCAUUCGCUCUCAGCCUUCUCAGUAUGUCGUAGCCACUGUCGUUGGUCGAAAAUAUGUGCUAGCACCGCGGGAUGUUCUCACAAUUCCGCGCCUACGCGAUGUCAAAGUUGGGGAUGUACUUGCUCUCGACGAAAUCCACGAAUUGGGCUCACGAGAGUAUACUUUACGCGGAAACCCCACCAUUUCUCCUUCGAAAGUGAAGGUGGAAGCCACAGUGGUAGAACAUACCAAGGGGGCCAUGGAGUUUAUAUUCAAGAAAAAAAGGAGAAAGGGUUACCAGAAGACGAAGAAGCAUAAGCAGACGUAUACACGACUGAGGAUUGGAGAUAUAGAAAUUCCCUUACCUUCAAUACAGUCUAUAAUAUGA